AUAAUAAUAAUAAUGGAUCUUAUUUUGAAUAUCUUCUCUUUCUUCUUCUUCUUCUACUCCUUAAUCAAUUAAUCAAUCAAUCCAUCAUAUCAUUUUCUCUGCAUUCGCAUGCAAAUUGAUCUCAUCCUUGGAUUGUAUCAUUCAGAUCUCCAGAGAAAAUAGCCCUAAAUUUGAUCCAAUUUCGGCUGAGAAGAAGAACGAGAUACGCACAAAGUGAAAGAGACAUAGCUGACAGGAUACAGAAGCUGGGAGAUGGAAGCUGAUGUUCUCUUAUAAAGCUCUAAACUCCAUAUACCUAUACGAUUCACAUUUACCUUAGGUUUUCCAAGGCGUGUUUCCGAUUCUAGAUUGUUUGAUUUCAAUCGUGUGAUGUCGAAGGUGAAGAUGUUGAUGCUUGUUUUGUGUUUUGUCACUCUAAUGUCUGGAAUAGCUGUUGCUAACGUUGUUAUUAUCGGUAAUAACGUGACUCGAUCAUUUGACGACUUCGAAGCUAACUUCGCUCCAUCUGUGAAGGGCUCGGGUGAACCAGGCAUGCUGUACCUGGCAGAGCCUUUGGAUGCAUGUUCUACGUUGACUAACAAAGUUAAUAGGACUGGGAAAGACACCAUGGCUUCGUUUGCAUUGAUUAUCAGGGGAGUAUGCAGCUUUGAAGAUAAAGUUAGAAAAGCUCAGAAUGCAGGUUUCAAAGCGGCGAUUAUAUUUGACAGCGUUGAUGGUGAUCUUGUUGCAAUGGCAGGAAACUCAGCUGGAAUAAAAACUCAUGCAGUGUUUGUAUCAAAGACAUCUGGUGAAGUACUUGCCAAGUAUGUUGGUUCUAAGGAUGUGGUAGUUUGGAUAGUUCCAAGCUUUGAAAACUCGGCUUGGUCCAUAAUGGCUAUAUCUUUUAUUUCUCUACUCGCUAUGUCUGCUGUAUUGGCUACUUGUUUUUUUGUUCGAAGGCAUAGAAUAAGACGUGAAAGGCCUCGAUCUUCACAUGUUCGAGAGUUCCAUGGAAUGAGCAGUCGUUUAGUGAAGGCAAUGCCUAGCCUAAUAUUUACUGCUGUAUUGGAUGAAAGCUGCACUUCAACAACAUGUGCCAUAUGUCUUGAAGACUAUACCGUUGGAGAGAAGCUGAGAGUUCUGCCUUGUCGACAUAAAUUUCAUGCUUCAUGUGUUGAUGCAUGGCUAACAACAUGGAGAACCUUCUGUCCUGUUUGCAAACGAGACGCAAGAACGGGCACAGGUGACCCACCACCAUCGGAGAGAACACCGUUGCUCUCCUCCUCAUCCUCAAUAUCAAUACCAUCCACGUCAGCAUCCUCGUCACUUGCCUCGUCACCGGCCAUACAUAUCUAUCAGUCCUCGUCAUCAUCUCGACCACCCCAUUCUUCUUUUCCCCGAAUCCAUUCAGCCUCUGCCAUGUCAUCAUCCUCUUAUUACAGUCGUCAGCAGCAACAGCAACAGUCGAUCCAGUCUUCUCAUAGACAAACAUCUAAUUACCACCUUAGUGCUAGCCGAAGCUCAAUGGAUAUAAGGAACCACAAUGGAUCUAUUUCUUCUCAUAGGUCGCAAACUUCUCAUCUAGCUUCGUCUCCACAAUCUGUGGCUUAUUAUCCAUCGGUUUCGCCUCUUAACUCACGAUAUUUGUCUCCUUAUUAUCCGAGCCCAGUUGGAGGUUCGAGUUAUAUUGGAUCAUCUUCUAGCCGUCAACGUAACAAUACACUUCAUUAUAGCGAAUCGGCUGCUAGCCUUUCUCCCUUUGCUUCCGCCCAAUCACUUCCAGGUUGUUGAAAUCUCUCUGUUAGCACUUAAUUGUCUCAGUUGGUUUGGUUUGUUUACUUUGGUUGCGGUCGAAAAUUUGAUAGGAUUGAUAUUUGCGUGUCUUGUUCAUAUUGUAGGAUUUGUGAUGGUCAUUAUCUUAGUUUUAUCGGCUUUUGAGUGUUGAAAAUUUGUAACGGUUAUCAAUCUAGUUUUAAAGAUAAAAGGUAUCAUCAAUCAAUUUAGUACAA